AUGACGGACGUUAUGCGAGAUAUGAUUGCCCAGCUAAUGGGCAGACAGAAGGAAGAUGAAGAGGGAAGAGAACUUGUUCCUUACAACCAUCCCUCAGUUUGCCGUGCGUUUCUCAUUGGAUGCUGUCCCUAUGAGUUAGUACCUGAUAGCAGGUUACAAGGAAUUAUUUCAUGUCGGAAAACUCACGAACCAGCUCACAAGGCUGAUUACCUGAAAGCGCAAAGCGAGAGGGAUCAUUACUAUGAUGUUGAUGCUUUCGAUAUAUUGGAGAACGCUAUACGAGUAGUGGAUAAUGAAAUUUCUCGCAUCAAAGAGAAGCUUGAUCGUGAAGCGAAGGAACAAACAGACUCCGCAGAAGCGGUCAAGACACAGCGUAUUGGCGAAUUGAGUGAACAAAUCGGUAGAGCUGUUGCAGAAAUGGAAGAAUUGGGGAACAUGGGGAAAGUGGAAGAAUCUAUGAAGUUGUCAAAGACAGUUGAAGAUCUUCGGGCCCGCAAAGCGGAACUAGAGGUGCCUUUACAAUAUGUGAAGUAA